CAGCUGCAUUUCAGCAAUACCAGCAAGUGAAAACCUUUGGAUAUAUUUUACACACAGGAGAACUCUAAUCCAAGUGAAUUGUACUUCUCUCCAGGUUCCAGUCAAGAUGCAUCUGAUUCUGCAUACCGUCUUCUGCUGUUGCCUCCUGGCCACCGUUGCACCGAGCGUGAACAGUGCGAAGUAUGACCUGAAAAGAAGUGUCUGGCCGCAGAUAUCAAAAAGGGAUUUGAGUCUGGCUGCACUGGGGACUUUAGAAAACAGCCAAUUCGUCAGACCGGACGACGUCAAGGACAGCAUGAUGCCACAUUCUAGCACUGACAUCAGCGUGAGGACGAAACGCUCCAAGAACUCCAUCAGCCAGUCCAGGAGACCGGGCUGCUCGCUUGGCACCUGCACGGUGCAUGUGCUGGCUCACCGCGUCCAUGAUCUCAACAACAGGCUCAAGAUUGGGAACGCGCCCCCGGAGAAGAUCAGUCCCCUGGGUUAUGGCAGGAGGCGGAGAUCAGUUCCAGUGAAAGUAAUAAGCCUGCGACAGGAGGGCAGAAGGCUGCGGACGGUGUGGAGCAGCUCACGGCUGGACAAGCUGGAAGCGCUGCUCAAACGGACUUGAGGGGGAGCGCACGGGGGACGCGGCAACAGAGAUUCUACACGUGCCUCAGACUCCUGCCAAGAGUCCUCUGACACAUUCUUAUCCAAGCAUAGGGGUUGGGAGAGCCGUCUUGUAUGCUGAAGGCUUUCCACUGAGGAGAAAGCACAGUGCAGGUGGUGAUACGGCAAUGGAGCGCAGUCGAUGAGUCGGUGUACCUUGGAUAUGGAUAGAAAAGUGGACCUGUCCUCAGGGAUAAAGCAGAGCCCCUUAUCUCGGGACAAAUGGACUGCCCUCCUGGUGAACCAGUUUGUGGGAUUUAUAUGGCCCUUUUAAUAAUCGAAUGUGCAGAAGAGACUUUCGACUUCAACAGGGAAGAAAUUCAGAUUCAUGAUUCUAGAAGGGAAUACAUAAAGACUUUUAGAGAAGGCUAAGGAGCUUGGAAUCACAUUAGCGGACACUGUAAACCUUAGAUUAUAUGAAUUGUCUGUGCCAGUCCAUAAGGAUUGUACUCUAAUUUACUUGAACUUGUUGUUGUUAUUAUUAUUUGUAUAAAGAAACGUGCAAUCAAUGUUGUUUUUUAUUCCGAGUAUAUGUAUAUUUGAAGAAAGCGGUCAAAGAUAUUAUUAUUUAAUUGUUUUAUAUUCGUUUAAUUUACUUACAGAGAUUAUUUUUGUAAAGGAAAAAUAAGGGCAUUGAAGUUAGUGCUAUAUAUUGAUAUAUAUUAUUCGUUGGUGUCGAGAAUGUCUUGAGCUGUGAUUAUAGGAUAACUUGUAAUGCAAUUAUAUAUUUGUAAAUGAGAUUUAUUUUAUUGGCGUGAAUGUGUGUGAAAUGGAGUAACAUUGUCAUUUAAUAAACCUUUGCAUACAA